UAGGACUGUGAGGUAUUUCGGAUCGCCAUUUCACGAGGGAACGAUUGUAAAACGAUGAAAAAAUAAGCUAUAUAACUAUUCUAUUUAGCAAUCUGUGCAUAUCUUUAAGGAAAAUUUCGGAUUAGAUUUGUAAAAUUGAAAAAAAUAGAUAGAUAGUUUAUAAUUUUUGUUAUAGUGAUGCCCUAAUGUUUAUCGUUUAUGGGAUCAAAUUUAAUUUGGAAAGUUUUGUCUGUGAAGAAAAAUGAAUCUAUACAGCUAUACGGAUUAACAAAGCACAAUGAAUCUGUACACGGACAAAUUCACUUUAUACGGACAUUUGGACAGGCAAACGAGACAUCGAAAUUGUCCGCAGUUGCAAAUCGUCUGAUUGUUAUUAUAACGAUUUUUUUAAAAUCUCUCUUGUUCAUACAAUCAAAAUAAGUGUCUUAUACAGCUGCAGUUUUAUGAAAAUGCAACACUCACUCCGUCAAAGCAUUUCGUCCAAGCCAAGCUUGACUGACGCCGCCUAUGCUCGGAAUAUCUUAAAUUCAAGUACAAGUUCCUAAGAAGUGAUUCGAAAAUUAAGGGUGAACGCGCAGUGAUUUUUUUAAAGUCAGGGUAAAAUCGUGAUUGGUAAAAAUGUAAUGUCUUUAUGACACGGAGAAAAUGCGUCAUAUUUUCCGGAUGUUUUUUUGUUAAAGUUUAAAUUUGUUUUAAAUGUGUGUUUUAAUAUUGAGUAAACAGUGUUGAUAUUCUGUUAACCAAGCAUGGACCUAACUUUACAGUCGGUGUGUAUAUUAUGCGCAUAUCUCGGUUUCGUAAAAGGACAUUUUGAUUCCUCGCCUGGUUCAGAAGACGAGACUAUCCCGAUCGACAUUACAUACAAACACGGGAUUACAGAUAGAAAUUUAAUUAAUGUAAUGGUGACAUCACAAGGCGGGAGUGACGUCAUUUCUUUACGUCUUUCCCGUGUCAAGCGAAGUUUAGUGGCCCCAUCGCUUCUGGUCGUUACGGAUGGCGGACUCGAGGAGGAUGUUUUUGGUAACAGUUCAACGCGGCUCCAAAGCGAAAAAAUGUUCUACAAAGACGACAAAAACACAUCGGCAUUUUCUAUCGGCUGGAAAGACGGACAGAUCAGCAAAGUGCACGGACAUUUCGUCCGAGACGGGUUCCUCCAUUCUGUUCUAUCGAGGGAUGAGAGUGGCAAAGGUCAGGGGUCAUCAAGGUCAUCCGAAAAUACAACACAUGGGUUCUCAAGGUCGUCAGAUGUGUACGAAGGUCGAGUUCCUGUUCCCCACAUGAUGACAAAGUAUAAUUCAACCAUUGCCUUUUCCGGAGAUGCGAUACAAUUCAAUGAAUCCAAAGUUUUCACUAAAGAGAACCGACGGAAAAGGCAGUCAGUCGACCCUCAGCAUCUCUUUGUUGAAUACGUAGUAGUUACAGAUCACAAGAACUACCUCAAGUGGAAUGCAGAUGUCAGUGGCCAUAACAUGACAAGCGCAGAAAAGGAUUUAACUACCAAAUACAACAUGUUAGAGUUUUACCAACACGUGGUGCACGGAAUAGACGUUAUUUUCAAGACCCUUUCCACUCAGGACCUGCAAGUGGAGAUCGUUCUUACCGGCCUCGUAAUCUGUAAUGAAUCGAAUAUCUGCCCCUGGUCAGAGAAAAAUAAAAUCUGCGCCGAUUGUGAUACUGUGGACGACAAGGAAUGCUUGUUUGAUUUUUCGAAAUGGAGACAAAAUGUUCUUGGCCGCUUGUUGGAUCACGACCACGCCACAUUGUUCACUGGAUAUGAUUUAUACUACUCGUUGAUGCAGUCGAAAAAAACAGUCGGUCUGGCGUACAUGAGCAACAUGUGUCAGAAUGGUUCGGUAUCAUUGGUGGAGGAGAGGAGAAAUGCCUUAUCUAUACACAUUGCUGCACACGAGCUGGGACACAGUUUUGGUUCGAACCAUGACGGCAAUGUGCUAGCUGAAGCGUGUCCAGCAGAAGAUAAGUACUUGAUGGCCCCAAGCAUGUUAGGGGUGACUGACCCGGCUAAAGCCAGUCAUCCAUGGGGGUUCUCUCCCUGCUCAAGGGCCGAUAUCUACGACUACAUCAAUAGCCUAGACAGGAAUGGAAUGAAUUGUAUGCAGAAUAUUCCUAGUAUAUAUACCCCAGGACAAAGCAACGACGGAGCGGGUCUAGCAUAUCUACCAGACGACCAAUGCCAGGCGCAGUAUGGCAAACAGUCGGCUGUAUGCAGGGAAUAUCAUGUGGGCGCCUGGAGACAUAUUUGCUACAGCAUGGCCUGUCGUAUCCCGGGGAAAGGGGAGUGUACUCUCAUCUACCCUCACGACGGUACACCUUGUGGAAACAUGAGGUGGUGCCAACAAGGCAACUGUGUAUAUAGUGGAAAUACACGUAGCGUGGAUGAGUUAUGUCCUCUUGGAGAUGACCCUAACUAUGCCUGUACUUUGUCUGAUUGUGAUAGUACCAUACAUAUGCGAGCUCACUGCUGCCAGACAUGUCAACACGUAAUGUCUGUCGCUAUAACAACUACCCCAGUUACCAUGACAACAGACGACGCCACGAAAACAUCAACAGAUAUUUCCGAUUCCAACACAACAACAACGCCCAAAAACACCACAGUUGCCAUGACGACACCUAUUGUUACUACGACGAUAUCAGAACCUACGAAAUUGACAGUGACUGAUGUUGCUAAAAAUGCUACUACUGGUUCAAUGGAUACUACGACCUCGGAUUCCGACACAGUUGCCAUGACAACAACUAGUGUUCGACCAUCAAUUUCCCCGGUCAACAUAACAUCUCCAACCACGAUUACAUUAACCAGCUCAUCCACGACUAAAAAUAAAUUAAUGUCGUCAAACCAAUCACUGUCUACAUCAACGAGUCAAUUGAUGCCCUCUACCACAAGUCAGUCCUUGUCUGCAAAUCAGUCUGAUCCUGUGACACCAAUCACUUCAUCAGCGGGUACCUCACCGAACGCGGCACAGAUUGAUUUGUCAGAUUCAACUGGGGGGACGUCUUUGCCAGCCGAAAACUCACCCCGAUCUACGUUUAGUACUGCAAUCAAAACUACCACAACUCCACUGGGUACAACUGAAACUACAUUUGAAACAACCACCAAAUCAGCUACCACUGGCAUUGUACCAAAAAUCACCAUAAAAACAAUCCAAACAACUGUAUCUGCCGAAAUUAACAAAACAACUGUUCAUGGCAAUGGCAUUAGAAACCAAACAAUUCAAUCAGCAAGCACGUCUUCUCCAGCUCCUAAUCAAUUUCAAACUUCUAACAACUCACCUGCAACGUCUUCUAAUUUGCAUAGCAAUACAACUGUCCGCGUCUCUUCAACACUUCCCCCAAAUAACACGAGACCCCGUUCUUCACCAGAACCAGUUUCAAAAGCAACUGAUUCUACAUUUAUCAACAAUGCAUCAACUAAGACUUCGACCAUAUAUUCAACACAGAUUCCAACCUCUAUUGAGGCAUCAACAGAUUCACCGGUGAAUGCAACAAUCAGUACUAUUCUUCCAAUAACAAGUUCAACUGUCUCAAAAUCAACGAAUUCAAUUAGGAAUGUAACUGCUUUGACAACUGAUUCAACUUUGAGCAAUUCAACAGAUGAUGUGAAUAUUCAGCAAACAACUCCAAGAGCAUCAUAUGAUGUCACUGACGUAGUGUUCAAUUCAACAAAACCAGAAAAUUCAACUGUUAAUUCAAUACAAAAUUCAACUACAUUACCGAAUAACGAUACUGAUAUAAUUGAUAAAUCUAAACUAAAACCUAAUAAUACCAACAUUAUUGGGACAAAAAAGACUACAAUAUUGCCUUUUGAUUCAACAACCGAAGGCAUCCAGGAAGAUGUGAAUACAUUGAAUGCAGCAUCAAAUAUCUGCAAUUCAAACAAUGUAUUUAUAAUAACCACAGUUACAUUAAUUAUUAAUUUUUCUAUAAUAUUGAUGAUUAAGAUGUAAAAUGUACGGUAUUUCACUUGACAAUUUCCGUGAAUUUGGAACAUUUAUCAUACUCCGGUAAGUCAUAGGCCUAUACGUGUGUGAGAAUAUUAAUCUUAUAUCAGAGAACGGUCAUAGAAAUUAAAUUAAGAUUUUCACAUCAUUCAAUUAUUACCAAUCAGAUACAGUUUUUUGUUUUUUUGUUUUUUGUUUUCUAAAUUGGAAAAUAUCAACGAAUUGAUAUUUCUACAUAAUUUAAACAUGCUGUAUUAAGGAUAAAUUUGUGUCGCGUUCUCCAAAAUUGUGCAAAUUCCAGCAUCCUGCCAUCAAUGAUAGAGACUUGUGAAAAGACGAUCCGUUUUGAAUCAAAAGUAAAUUGCUCUGUCCUUUUCAUGAAAUAAUGAAUGGAGAUGGUCUUGAGACAACCUGAACUGCUCGGCAGUCGAAAAACCAACUCACCACAUCAUUCCAUUAAAUCGACAAAAGCGAGAUUCAAUCCGUAAAUAGAUCAAAUUUGAUAUGCUAAAUCGCUGACAAAAUAAUAAUUGUGACAGAUUGUAGAUAUUAAUACCGGUGUAACCUAUUCAGGGACUGGGAAGGCUGAGUCUAAGCAUGGCCAUUAACACUGCUUUGAAAAUUUGUAUGGGUCAUUUCUCUUGUCUAUGUAAGAUUUUCGAAUUUCUAUUUGCCAUUAGAAUUUGUAUGCGCUGUCUUUCCCAAACCCUGGUAUUCAUAUUUAUUUCAUACUUAACGCUAUCAUCACCCUCCUUUGUUAGUUUAUCCUUUUAUAUUUUUUUUGCAUUUCGCGAUAAGCGAUCUUUAGGAUGUUUAUUUAGGACGCUGUUUCAUUUCUUUCUAUAUCUUGAGUGCCAUUUUAUACUUUGGCGUUAUAUCAUGUUUAUUUUCAUCCCAUAUAGUAUGCUGGAACAAUACAAAUUUCCUUUUUAACUUGAUACAUAUCACUAUUGAAAGUUUUUACUCAUCUUUGGCUCGAAUAAUUGAAAUAUCUUGGACACAUUCUCAUUGAGUGUGACCUGUAUUCAUAAUCAAGUUACCGGUAUUUUGUAAAUCAAUUACGAAAUUUGAAUAUGCAUAAAUCUUAUGAAAGAUGAGCUCGGUUGUAUACUUAAUGUAUUGUUUUUUUAAUUCACUUCGUCCUUGUAUAAUGUAUACUUGUAGUUGUUUAAUUGCAUGGGGCUAAAGUUUCGCUAGUUCGCGGGCAUUGAAUUUCGCGCAAUAUCGCCUUAUCAACAUUCUGCAGUUAGCAACAGAACACUUCAUACAUUUACACUUCUACAUUCAAUAUAUAUAUUUACACUGUAUAUCAAAUUCACGGUAUAAAUUUUGGUUGGUUAUUUAUUUUCGCGCUAAAUUUAAUGACCGCAAACAGCGCAUUUAAACCCCGCGUGUAGUUUUGGGAAAGACUGUGAUAGUUUGUAUUUAUUCAUUUUGCGAGACAUUUUACCAGUAUUACAUGGUACCUGUGCUUCAGCACGUGUUAUCCAUAAUUAUUCAAAUUGGCGCAUUCACUUAUUCCCACGAAAUUAAAAAGUAACCAUUCUUUUGUUCUAGAUGUUAUAAUGUUUAUCAAAAACUUUUUUCGAAUGUGUCAUAGAAAUAGUCGUGUUUUUUAUUUUCUGUAAUGCACCAUAAAGCGACGACUAUAUGAA